AUGGCAACAAGCGAAGCAUCAUACAUAGACUACGACACAUUCCUCGACCCCGACUUCAGCGCGGCAUCAUUUGCAAAUACUCUAGUCACAAACACCAAUAACAUCAACGACACCCAAGUCGAUUUGUCAACACCUCUAUCUCGAGUUCUCUUCGACGUGCAAGAGAUAGACACCCACAUUCACAACCUAACCACCAAAUCCGCCCUUCCGUUACUCGAGCACACUCAGGACCGCUCACAGAGCAGCCAGCGAAUUCUCAGUCAAGUUGAGGAGCAAGUCUCUUCUCUUGCAGAGGGUUAUCAACGUCUCGAAAAAGAGGUAUUACGCAAAUGGGCCAGCGCCGAGGAAGCCAGAGUCGCAGCGCAGAAUUCGUUGCAGACGCUUCGUCUAGCUCGCGCAGUUGCGCGAUGCAUUAGUUUGGGGAGACAGUUGGAGAGUCAGAUUGCAGAAGUUACGGGUCGGGUUAGUAGUAGUACUAAUACUUCUGGAGCCAUGGCGGCAGCAAAAGAUGAUCAUCGCGCAAUGGUGCGAGCGGCCACGACUAUUCUGAUGCUGCGGCAGAUGUUUUCUGCGAUUGGUGAAGGGGAGGAAGGACAGGGACUGGAUAGGGUGAAAGUCAUUCGUACGUUGAGAAGUGAUUUGGUGAUUCCGGCGGAAAACACUACAAAGGCUAGGGCGCAGCAGGUCAUAAAUCGAUUUUCAGUAUCGUCUUUGAUUGUUGAUGGAUCUUCGCGGACGAGUAAUGGCACCCAAUCACCGCCACCAGCGACCUCGUCGUCGUCGUCGUCGACUUAUGCGCAGACCGAAGAAGCGAAAGCGAGACUAUUUUCUGCCAUUACGACGCUUUAUUUACUAUCACCAACUCCAAAAAACGGCGUGAGCGCAGAGGACUUCCAGCCUGAACUAUUGCUAUCUACGCUGCAGGGCUACAUCCACAAUUCACUGACUUCGUCUCUCUCAUCUCUUGCGCGCGGUCUGGCCACAUUGCCGACUCUAGAUCGUGCAUUGGCCGAAGUAUCAGGCCGAUGCCAGGACAUCGCCGCAUUAGAAGCUCUACUUGCCGGUCUAAAGCGUCCCUCACAUCCACUACUCUCAUCAUCAACAAUAACGACGACAGCCCAAACGACAGAACAAACCUCCAACCUCCUAAAACCUCUCCUUCAUGUCCUCGACACCUCAUCCCUCCCAUCCUACUACUGGCGCUCACUAGCAUCUUCGCUUCCUAGCAGGGUACAAGAGAUAAUCAGCCGCGGCGGUGCGGCAGCACGCAGUUUGCGGUCUGGUCGUGACAGACUACGGAAUGAUUUGCGCGAGUGCGUGUUGCGCGGUUCUCAGUUGCCGGCUAAUGUUGCCAAGGGUCGGGCUGUCAGCGGAGCUCCUGGUGCAGGAGGAGCUUCAGUUGUGGUCGGGAACUGGGAACGGGAGGCGGCGGUUAUGGUUAGUGCUGUUGUAGGGGCGUUGGGGCGGUAG